GCAGACAGGAAGGGGCGGAGCGCUCGCCGGCCCAGCACCGCACCCGAGCUAGCGACCGCUGCGGGAGGCGCGGGUGAGCCCGGCGGCCGCUUUGCUAUCCCGGCCCUUUGGUCCUGGCCGUUGCUCCGGGGCCGGCAGAGCCUACGAUGAACCUCGGCUCCAGGCGCUGGGCAGGCAGCGAUAUUGGGUCCAGGGCUCCAGCGAUGACUCCGGUGGCGGCUCCGUUGUCCCUGGCUGUCAAGGCCCCAAACCCGGCAGUAGCCCCCACCUCCUAUGGGGUCUUCUGCAAGGGGCUCUCUCGCACCCUGCUCGCCUUCUUCGAGCUGGCCUGGCAGCUACGGAUGAACUUCCCGUAUUUCUACAUCGCAGGCUCGGUGAUCCUCAACAUCCGCUUGCAGGUACACAUUUAGAAAAGUGACUAAGCUGCUGGCCUUGGGCGGCUAGCAUGAUGGCCGACUCCCAGGCAUCCCCGGGACUUAGUGAACCUGCGAGCGAGGAGCUCGGAGUUCUCGCGAGGGGGCCCGGACGCACUCCGCGCCUGCGCUCUGCGCUCCUAGCGCUCCCUUGACCGUGGCGGAACCCCUGCUGGGACCAAAAAGAAGCCAUUGGGGAGUCCGGGAACUGAGACCUUCGGCUAAAACCCCCCAAAAUCAGAAACUUUGUAUUCUUAAACUCCGAUCGAAUUCCAGGAUAUAACAGAAGGGCACAGAAUAUAUAUCCUUAAAAAGGAAGACCGAAUUUUUCAGGAAAAAAAAAUUGUGCAACAAAUUCAUGGCCUGAGUGAAAAUUAAGAAAUCAGUAAACUUAGGGAAUACCGGUGUGGAUUGUUAGCAAGACGCUGAAGAAAAAGCCGAUGGUAUUAAGGAUAUGAAGUGGAAUGCAUAUGUAUUUUCAUCCUACGUGAAGGACAAAGCAAAACUGUACGGGAAAAACAUCCUCUAAACACUAAAUGUGAAAUGCUGCACGAUUUUAAACAAAUGGUGGAAGCGUGAGAAAAUGCAUUCUGUUUUAAUAUCCCUGUGAGCAGCAUUGGGAUCACGAUCUUUGCAAGAAGGAAAUCCAAACAGCAUAAAAUUUGGCUAUUCAUUGAAUAAUAUUUUACCAUCAUAAUGCAAAUUCUGUGUGUGGUUUUUUCCCCUUUUAAGGAAAUAUUUAAUUAUGGUUACAGAAUAGAAUGUGAAAGUCAUUAGUCUUGAUGUAAAAAUACAAAUGGGAAUGUUGUAGGAGGGAGGAAAACGUAAUUGGAAAGGUUUCGUGUUCUAAUAAAGUGGAGAGUUGAGAGACACAGUCUGUUGUGAAGGGAAAAGAAGAUGUUUUGUUACUUACAAGGUAGCCAUGGUUUCUAAACUAGAAAUAUAACUAUUAAUAAAGUGGGAAGGUGGGAGGCGAGACCAGCAUGAAGUCAACAGGAAAUCCUGAAGAUGGAGAGUUCAGGUAGGGCUCCUCAAAAAGAAAAAUUGAUACGGGUACCUGGUGUAUUUGAAUGUAGACUAGGAAUUUUUCAAAGAGGCUGGGAUGAAUUAUUAGUCUGCAGCCUUUUCAAAAUUCAGAAAACAAAACUAAUAAAUCCAAGGAAAAAUGAAAAGUUAUAAAAAAAAUAUUGCAACUGAAUAUUAGUCAUGUAAAUUCACUUAUAGAUAUUGACUACUAGUUUAGCAAAUAAUUAUAUAGCAUUUGAGAAAAUGGAAGAGGAGAGAGACAUAAUUGUGAAAAGUCAAAUCAAGAUUAAUAUGGGGGUGGAGGUGAGUGCUUCCCUAGCAUCCACCAGGACUGGAUUCAGUCUGUGUGUGUGAGUGUGUGUGUGUGUGUGUGUGUAUAUACCCAUAUAUGUAUAUCUAGAAAAAGUGAUACAAACAUGUUUUUCAGAAAUAUCUGCAGUAAGAAACAGGUUACAAGCUGUUGUCUCUGGAAGAACAAAAUAAAGGGUAGGUCAAAAAAA